GCGCAAGGUAAAUAAACAAUAAAGGAACAGGUGGAGUGCAGCAGGCGUAGGCUAUCAAAUUUCAAAGUUACAAAACAAAUGGCUUCGGAAAACUGUGAUGCGGAUGUGGGAGAUUCCACUCUGGCGUCCUUGAAAAUUGCGCCAAAGGACUAUGAAUACCCGCUCCUGGAGGAUCCACAUACCAUCCUGGCCCCGCCCACUGAGGGCGGAGAGACCCUAACGACCCGCGGUGGCUUCACCUAUUUCCGCUACGGAUGCGAUGGCCAUCAGGAUGCGGGCUGGGGCUGUGGCUACCGCACUCUGCAAUCGGCCAUAUCCUGGAUCCACCGGCGACGUGGCUGUGGUGACCAUGUGCCCUCCAUCUGGGAGAUUCAGCAGAUCCUCGUGGCCCUGGGCGACAAGGGACCGAAGUUCCAGGGCUCACGAGACUGGAUCGGCACGCUGGAAGAGUUCUAUGUGAUUGAUGUGCUGCACCAGCUGCCCUGCAAGAUUGUGCACGCCAGGGAGCUGAGCUCGCCGGAGAUCCUCGGCCAGAUUCGCAGCUAUUUCGAGAAGUACCAGGGCUUCAUAGCCAUGGGUGGACUGAGCGACACAUCCUCCAAGGCCAUCACGGGCUAUCAUCGCAGUGCCGAGGACCGCGUCUUCUUGCAGGUGGUGGAUCCCCAUUUCGUGGGCGUGCCCAGCUCCGGGCAGCAGUUAAUCGAUCAGGGCUUCGUCCGUUGGGUGCCAGUCGACGAGUUCCCCGCCAGCACGUACAACCUUUGCCUAAUUUUGCAGCCGUAGAGGCUACUCUCUCCGUACAUAUUUCGGCAAUAAAACCCGCUCAGCACCUUGAUUACCCAUUACACA